AUGAAGUCUUCUGCAGACGGGAGUGACUGCCACCUCCACGUGUGCCUCCUGAAGAGAUUUUAUGAUCUGUUGGACAGGUACUGCCCUGUGGAUGUCUACAUCGUUUUGGAUACCUCAGAGAGUGUGGCCCUCAGAGCCAAGCCAUAUGGAUCUUUGGUGGAAAAGAUUAAAAAGUUUGCUCUGGAUUUUGUGGACCAGAUCAACAACAGACACGACAUUUGGGGGCUCGUCCGGGAUACGAAAAAGAAUGGAGCAAGCCACUGGAUCAGGGUGCUGGGGGAGGAGACGACAGGCCGGAUCCUGGCUGUGGGGGACCUGAAGGCUCUCCUGGGAAAGGUUGUGGGGAUGGAAACAAUGCUGGACAUAUUUGAGCAGGCUGGCUUUGACAGAAACCAUGCGCAGUCUCCAGCAGUGGACGGUGGGCCGUUUGAUAACCCAUCCAGGAGGGAUGUCACCGGAAGUGGGCGCCGCCUCGAUGAGGUGGUGGGACUGAACACCAUGACACACAGAGAGUUUGUGGAUCACGUGGUGCACGCUGUGGACAGGCAGCGGAAAGAAGGGAAAAAGCUGGAAGAUCAAACAAAAGACAUUCAAAGGAAGCUACUGCAGUUGCAGCUGGAGGAGCUGAGAGCCAAAGAAAAAAAGGCGAGAGAAAUAACGGAGCUGAGAGCCAAAGAAAAAGAGGCGGAAAAAGUGGCAUCUGUGAAAAUACAGUAUAUGGACAAUGAAUUCUUUAACUUCGAAGCCACCCCCCCGCCUGAACCAUGGAGCAGCCGGAUGGUGCCCCGGCCGACGGUGGUCUACGACUUCUCCGGCAUCCCUCACCCAGUGGCCAUGCAAGAGUAUGAAUUAGAAAACAAUGAAGGGGAGGAGUUCUCCCCAGCAGAAAAAAGUGAGGCGAGCGACAAUGAGGUAUGCCAAGCAAGUAAUAGCGAGGCAGAAGAGUCAGACGGGGGAGAGGGGCCUGCACAGAAUGGAGCAAGCCACUGGAUCAGGGUGCUGGAGGAGGAGACGACAGGCCGGAUCCUGGCUGUGGGGGACCUGAAGGCUCUCCUGGGAAAGGUUGUGGGGAUGGAAACAAUGCUGGACAUAUUUGAGCAGGCUGGCUUUGACAGAAACCAUGCGCAGUCUCCAGCAGUGGACGGUGGGCCGUUUGAUAACGUGCGUGGGGUUGUUUGGACUGCUCUGCGAGCCCUGUAUCCCGCACGACUGGACAUGGCGGCCUUAACGGGACCGCCGUUAAAAGACAAUGAACCACCGGCGACAUACAUCCACAUGCAGUUGCGCAGGUGGAGAUUGUUAACUAAAAGGGACGUACGGGCAGAUCCCAUAAUGACCACCCUCUUCCGCAAAGCCAUCCAGGAGGGGAUGUCACCGGAAGUGGGGCGCCGCCUCGAUGAGGUGGUGGGACUGAACACCAUGACACACAGAGAGUUUGUGGAUCACGUGGUGCACGCUGUGGACAGGCAGCGGAAAGAAGGGAAAAAGCUGGAAGAUCAAACAAAAGACAUUCAAAGGAAGCUACUGCAGUUGCAGCUGGAGGAGCUGAGAGCCAAAGAAAAAAAGGCGAGAGAAAUAACGGAGCUGAGAGCCAAAGAAAAAGAGGCGGAAAAAGUGGCAUCUGUGAAAAUACAGUAUAUGGACAAUGAAUUCUUUAACUUCGAAGCCACCCCCCCGCCUGAACCAUGGAGCAGCCGGAUGGUGCCCCGGCCGACGGUGGUCUACGACUUCUCCGGCAUCCCUCACCCAGUGGCCAUGCAAGAAUGGAGCAAGCCACUGGAUCAGGGUGCUGGGGAGGAGACGACAGGCCGGAUCCUGGCUGUGGGGGACCUGAAGGCUCUCCUGGGAAAGGUUGUGGGGAUGGAAACAAUGCUGGACAUAUUUGAGCAGGCUGGCUUUGACAGAAACCAUGCGCAGUCUCCAGCAGUGGACGGUGGGCCGUUUGAUAACGUGCGUGGGGUUGUUUGGACUGCUCUGCGAGCCCUGUAUCCCGCACGACUGGACAUGGCGGCCUUAACGGGACCGCCGUUAAAAGACAAUGAACCACCGGCGACAUACAUCCACAUGCAGUUGCGCAGGUGGAGAUUGUUAACUAAAAGGGACGUACGGGCAGAUCCCAUAAUGACCACCCUCUUCCGCAAAGCCAUCCAGGAGGGGAUGUCACCGGAAGUGGGGCGCCGCCUCGAUGAGGUGGUGGGACUGAACACCAUGACACACAGAGAGUUUGUGGAUCACGUGGUGCACGCUGUGGACAGGCAGCGGAAAGAAGGGAAAAAGCUGGAAGAUCAAACAAAAGACAUUCAAAGGAAGCUACUGCAGUUGCAGCUGGAGGAGCUGAGAGCCAAAGAAAAAAAGGCGAGAGAAAUAACGGAGCUGAGAGCCAAAGAAAAAGAGGCGGAAAAAGUGGCAUCUGUGAAAAUACAGUAUAUGGACAAUGAAUUCUUUAACUUCGAAGCCACCCCCCCGCCUGAACCAUGGAGCAGCCGGAUGGUGCCCCGGCCGACGGUGGUCUACGACUUCUCCGGCAUCCCUCACCCAGUGGCCAUGCAAGAUACAAAAGAACAGUACAUAAGGGGGGCAAAAGGGGGGACACAAGGUGUCCAGGAAGAAGCUGCAGCUCUGCUCUCAGAAGACGGGGAGAGCGGAGGGACUGCGGGCGCUGACACCAGCCCAGGGAGCAACAGCACCAACAGUGCCCCUGCGGGUCCAGUGCGAGAAUCACAGGCCGGCUUUCCAGUGGAGACCUCUCCUUUCUAUGGAAAUAAAUACAUGGUUGUUGUGACUGAUGGCCACCCAUUUGAUGGCUACAAGGAGCCCUGUGGCGGGAUCAACCACGUCGUGACUGAAGCCAGAGGAAUGGACAUACAAAUCUUUGGCGUCACCAUCACGCCUGACCAUCUGGACAACAGACUGGGUACCAUCACAACAGAUGUUCAGUACAGAUACAACCUGUCAGCAACAAGUGACAACCCGUCAAUUGUCAGAGGGACCAUCAAAACCAUUCUCUCCACCAUUUACAAGGAUUCAGAGACUUUGUGCUGCUCAUAUGAAUGCAAGGCUGCUAGAGGACCACCCGGGCCACCGGGCGAAGAGGGGGAAACGGGAACACCAGGAAGACAGGGAGUUGCUGGGAAACCUGGUGACAUGGGGUCAAAGGGUGUCACCGGGGACCAAGGACCUCCAGGGCACAGAGGAGAGAAGGGACCCAGAGGAGCUUCUGGACAAAAGGGUGAAAAGGGACAUAAUGGCAUUGAUGGAAAAGAUGGCCCAAUGGGAGAGCCUGGUUCAGCAGGUCUUCAAGGUUGUAAAGGAAAUGAUGGGAUGGAGGGGGAGCCAGGUCCUCCAGGAGAGAAAGGAGACCCAGGCUCUUUUGGAGAACCAGGACAAAAGGGCCAGAAAGGGGAGAAAGGUAUUAGAGGGCCCCCCGGAAUCAAAGGAGUUCAGGGGGAUAAGGUGAAUAUCAGCUUGUGCCCUCCACUAAAACAGAGGCUGAGGCCACACCCCGGGCCGCAAUGGGUACCAAAGAACAACAAAGUUUUUUUGUUUUUUUUUCCCAGGAUGUCUGUUAAACAUGAACUUGAUAGAGUAACUAUCUUGCACACACAGAUGUUUGGGCUGAUUCAGCUUUAUGGUUGGUCCAGAUGUAUAAAGUCUUGUGUAAUUAGUCUGAAUGAAUAUCUGGCCACUGAAGGAGACAGUGGGCCUGUGGGGGUUCAAGGUAAUAAGGGGCACAGAGGUGAUGAUCUUUGGAAAUCUACAAAUGCACAGUCACAUCUGGUGUUGGUUUGUUUGUUUUUUCCGCCACAGGGAGAGAAAGGGGAGAAAGGUAUUAGAGGGCCCCCUGGAAACAGAGGAGUCCGGGGGGAUAAGUUCUUCCUCCCAAGUACUCACCCACUGCUCCCUUUCCUCCCCCAGGGUGACCCAGGUCCCACUGGACCUCAGGGGCAUGAGGGGCCAUCUGGAGCCGUGGGCUCUCCUGGUCUUCCUGGUGUUUCUGGACUGAAUGGUUACAAGGCUCUCCGGGUCCUGAGGGAACCAAGGGUCCUUGCAGACAGAAAGGCCCUACUGGAGGCAGGUCCUAUGGGUGAGAGAGGGGACAAUGGAGCAAAAGGGCAAGGACAAACUGGAUAUGCGGGUUUCCAGGGAUUUCCUGGUGUACAAGGCACUCCAGGUCUUAAGGGCAUCCAGGGUUUCCCUGGAUUGAAGGGAGAUGAGGGACUGCCUGGCGACAGAGGCAAUGACAAUGAUGUGCCCGGUAACAAUGGAGCCAGAGGACCCAAGGGAUAUCCUGGUUUGCCUGGGGAAAAUUGGGCACCUGGACCUGUAGGACACCCCAAGCCAGAUAAAUGUGAAAUACUGGGAGUGAUUCAGAAACUCUGCUCUUGCUGUGAGUGCGAGUGUGGACCGGUGAAGCUGCUGUUCGUGUUGGACAGCUCGGAGAGUGUGGGUCUGCAGAACUUCACUCUGGAGAAGGAGUUCAUCAUUCGCAUCAUCAACAAGAUCACCAAGUUCAGCAAGAAUAAGAAUGAGCCUGGGUCUCGAGUGGGUGUGGUGCAGUAUAGCCAUGAGGGAACCCAGGAGCUGGUAUCCAUGGAUGACCCCAAAAUCACCUCACUGUCUCAUCUUAAAAGGUCAGGUCUGUCACUGCUGACUUGGAUUGCAGGAGGCACAUACACAGGGGAAGCCCUAGACUUUGCACUACGGGCCUUCGGCACCUCCCAGCUGUCCAGUAAGGCGGCCAUUGUGCUGACAGACGGCAGGUCAGACACCCGGGACUCCAAGCCCCUGUCCUCUCUCUGCAGUGUGCCCAGUAUCAGGGUUGUUGGCAUUGGCAUUGGGGAUAUCUUCCGCAGAGCCCCGUAUGCCACCAUGCUGCAGGAAAUCACUUGCCUGGGGAUGGCCCGGCCUGGCCUCUACCGGAAGAUCACUGACCAUUCCCAGCUUCUGGAAGAGGCCUUCCUCAACAACGUCACUGGUUACAUAUGCCAAGAUAAGAAGUGUCCUGAUUAUUCCUGUCCUGCUACAUUCCAGGGGCGCACAGAUAUCGUCUUCAUGCUUGAUGGGUCUUCCAGUGUGGGCAGGAAGAAUGUUGAGAGGACCAGAGACUAUACGGCUAAUGUGGCUGGCAUGCUGCUCUCCUCAAACCCAGAAGGGGACCUGCGCCUGUCCAUUGUGCAGUACAGUGACACCAGACAGCAGAGAGUGGAGGUCCCCUUCACCAGCCAAGUGAGGGAUGUGCUAGCCCGCCUUCCAGCCAUAAGCUACAUGGACAAGGCCACCGACCUACCAGCUGCCCUGGCCUUCCUGAACAGUGAUAUGCAGUGGGAUGGACAGCCCAAUGUCCGUAGGAAGGUGGUUGUCUUCACAGAUGGACGGUCCAAGCCCUCUGCCCGUGCCCAGCUCUCUAGAGCAGCAGCCACUGCACUAAGCCAGGAGAUGGUCCUGCUGGCCUUAACUGUGGGGGACAGUUUUGAUGAGAUGGGAGUUUGCGAGCUGUUGACUGGACAAGCAGACAACUUUGACUAUAGCAUUGUGGACAGCCUUGUUCACCGGGUGAUACAUUAUACUGACCUGGCCCAGACAGUGGCUAUGCGGAGCUUAAUAAGAAAACUGUCUAAGGCCUAGGGUAUUUCCCAUACCCCCACGUGUAACAGACUUGCAUCUACAAUAUAAGCAAGGAUUUUUCUUAUAAAAGAAAGGCAUUUCUUCAGGAGGCCUUUCCUAAGAAAAAUAUUUGUUUUUGCUUUCAUCCUUUAGCAAUCUUGUGUAUACUAAUGGUUUAUGUAUUUUUCUUUUCUGUUUGUUGUUCUACCUGUACUAAACAUGACACAUGGAAAAGCAUGAUUUCCUAUGUGUUCUGGAGUUUUGUAACAUGAGGACUUUAUCUUAGCAUCAGGAUCCAUUUGUGUACAAUGAAGCACAUGGUUGUUUCUUUAGCAGUUAUCAAUGUAAUAUUCAUUUAAAGUUACAAUCUCGAA